GACUCUUGUCAAGUUCAGCUCAGGCUAGCUAGCUAGCUGUGGCAGCUGCUGAGCUUCAACUGGGAGAUAUCACUGCGUCUAGUCUGCGGCUGCAUGGGCUAGGAAAUCCGGACUGAGCUCACGUCACCAAGUCUAAGAGGCCGUCUAAGAUGCUGUAACGUUUAUAGAAGACACUAGACUAGAAAGAAGCCCCUUCUCGUCAAACUAGCACGGUAGUCUGAGUUGACAGGUUUCUUGAAUUUAAUCUAUGCGGGGACCAUGCCAUAGCAGCUGCUGGUGGUUUCACUUAUGUGCUUUUCGAAUACAUGAAUCAAGGAAUCGUGAUUGUCCUGCGUUCAUGUGUGUGCAAAUAUAAAAUGCACAUUGCUAUACAGCCAUGACCGUACUCGACCUCUGAUUGGCCGAUAUUGUGACUUUUUUUGUAAAUGAGCUAGAGACAGAGUACGGUACCUACGUAUGUUUGUAGAUCUACCGCAAACAGCAAAGCAAACUUAGAAGUGAAAUUCAAAAUGCCAGAGGCUGAACUGAUUGUUGCAAACUCCAUCAAAGUGUUGACUCAGAAUGGAGAGUGUCGGGUUGACCUCUGUCUUGGAGACAUCACGAGACUGCCAAAGAAGGAUGCUGUGGAUGUCAUCGUAAUUUCUGCUUUUAGAGGUGACUAUUCCCCUUCCCCUAAGUCUGUCAUCGGAGCCCUCCAGCGUACCUUCAACAUCAGCGUUGAGAAUCUCGCCAAAGAUAAGGAGGAAGAUCUCCGCAAGCUCUACUCCUGCUGGUGGUCAAAGCCUCUACCCAGCAAGCUUCCCUACAGAAGACUGCUUUGCUUCGAGACUCGCAGGGUCAUGGAUGGGCGCCCCCAAGAGUUAGUUGCAAAUGUUUUCCGCUGCCUGGUACCUAUACUGAACAAUGAAGAUGGGACUGUCAUUACACCACUUCUUAAUGCACAGCAGGGAGCUGAUGAGGUAGCCAUGUUAAAAGGGAUGGUAGAGGCUGCAGUGAAUUGGAUGAAAGCUGGCCUGCCUCUGAGGCAGAUGAAACUGGUCCUCUAUGCUCAGGUGAAAGAUGGAGAGGUCAAAGGUCACUCGCUUAAACGAUUUGAAGACGUGAUGCAGACCUUUGAUGACCUCAAAGAACGCUACGAAAUGCAGUUGCUCCUUCCAAAGGCAGUUCCGUUGGAGUUUGAUGUGUACCUGUCAUUCAGCAAGGAGGAUGAGGAAGUUGCCAAUGUGAUCAGGGAGAAGCUGAGCAGUGCCAAAGACGGCAUCCUCAUCUAUGACAGCUCCCAACAGGCAAUGAACACAGACAGUGUGUUUCAACAAGAUAUGUACUCAGUCAUGAUGAAAAGUGCAAGGGUAGUCACAGUUCUCAGUCCUCACUACCUAAAAAAUGAUGCCUGCAUAGAACAAUACAACAUCGCUCUGUGCUGCAAUCGCAGAGCUCUUCGAGACAUGCUGGCUCCUUUCUAUGUGGACUCCAUGGAGCUAAUGCCCACUUACAUGGGCCUAGUUCAGUAUGUCGACUGUAGACCCCAUGAUCCGUCAAAGAUCCAAGUUGCCUGUUCAGAACUAUCUGUCUCCCUCUCUGUCUCUGUCCAUGCUGAGCUCACCGUUGCCGAGUUUGAUCCUCUUCACUAUGAUGUCUUUCUCUCGUACUCUCACCGUGACACAGAAAAGGCCAACUGUUUUGUUGAUAUGCUGCAACAUUUGGCUCCGAAUUUGAAGAUUUUCUUUGAUGUACAGGAAUUGAAAGCAGGUAAAUCCUGGCAACGUACCCUGUAUCACUCCAUAGAUGGCUCUCGUUGUAUGCUAGCACUCAUAUCAGAACCUUACCUCAAGUCAGCUGUGUGCCAGGAAGAGUUCGCCCUUGCUCAGGCCAAGCAUUUUCAAAAGGGCAAACAGCAUCUGCAGCUGAUCCCCAUUUGUCUUGAAGAUCUUGAUGCUGUCCCACAGGCGUUCACCCAUAUUCCAAUGGUCAAGGGAACUCUUGAUGUCUUUGAGGAUACUGUCAACACUGUGUGUCCAGCGGUUGUCCAUUGGCUAACAGGAGGAAAGGUGGAUUCUAGUGAAGCCCUCACCAAGCUCUUUGAUGAAGAGAAUAUUCCUUGUGCAUCUGCAGAUGAUGAGAUGCGAUCUUUCCACCAAGCAUCCAUCCAGGAGGAAUUUGGUACUUCAGACAUUUUACUAGAUCCCGGAGUUCACUUCCCCCCAGCAUUAAGCAAUGUCUUGCAACAUUCUGAUUCAGACACUAAGAUCGGAGAGAGUGAAGCUGCAUCUGCAACCAAUUAUGAUGUUGUAAUCAGUUACCACAGUGAAGAUCAGAAGUUUGUUGACUUCAUUUGCAAACUCCUGGAGAGCAAUGCUCCGAAUCUUGCUGUCAAGUCCGUUGCAGGCAACAAGCAGGACAAUCUUGCUUCACUUGACAAGGCAGACUGCAUCCUACCGAUCUUGUCUCCGAGCUACAUUGAAAGCCCAGAGUGUGUGGAGGAGUUCCAUGUUGCCAUCUGGCGACAAAGGGUCGCCGACCCCGACACCCCGCUCAUGCUGCCCGUGCAAGUCCACAACUUGCCACAGAAACCCACUUAUUUUCACCUGGUUCACUACAUUGUCAACACGACAGAUGGUGUUUGGGCACAACUGACUGGGCAGCACAAAGUGAGCCUACCCAACGACGUUGAGCACCUUCGAACUGGAGAUGGCACGUCACAGGUGUCGCGAUCUGAUGCCUUAGCACUGGUGAUGGCUGUUUAUAAGAUUCUACAUAGAUAUGCCCAAGCAAAGAAUGCAUCAGUGGAUACUGAGACUUCACCAAGGCCAGCACUCUUCAAUGUGAUGAAACUCGGGGAGCAGAUUAAACAACUCACAGAUCCAGAUUACAAAGAAACAUCUCAAUUGAUCCUACUAGACGCGGAUCCAAGUGACAUUCCUUCUAGCUGGAGGGAAGUUAGACAAGAUACGGGAGAUGAGGAAGGAGAGGGCAGCCAUUCUCCAGGAAGACUGUGCACACGGAUGUACAAGAAGUCAUCUUUGUGUGAAUUAUUGUGAUUUUUACUCUUAUGGGCAAUCCCAUUAAAUAUGUACGUCCAACCCCAUGUAUGUGAGACCUUCAUGAAAUUUUCUGUCUCUGAUUUCUGGUUCUUUUGACAGUCGGAAAUGCUCUCAAAUGAUCAUGACUUGGUCAGUAUAUGAAGUGAAGUGAAACUUGAGGAAAAUGGGGGUGGGAUGUACAAGAAGGUUGAUUAUUUUAUGGAAUUCCCCUUUUACAAAGGAGAAGAUAAUGAGGGUCUGAAAGGCUGAAUGAAAGGUUUCGCGACAUUUUGCUCCGGCGACAAUUGCUCUGAUGGAAAAUCCGCAUGUUAAGCCAAACGUAAAAACCUUACUUUCAAAACUAAAUAAACCCUAAUCCUUAUCUUUACAUUAUUCUGAACCAAAAACUCUAUUACAAUCCUAACUCUAUGCUCUCUGAGAUGUUGAGACAGGAGCGAAUGUCGUGUCAUCCAACAAACAAUACUCGUCAAUAUGAAACAGGAGACAAGCGCAACUAUUUAGCUAUGAGCUCGUCAUUUAACUCAAGAGAAGAGCACUACUGCCAGUGAAGUUACAAUGUACUGUACUGUAAGACACUCACCACCCUUUUGUAAUAUGUAGAUUGAUGAUAAUGAUAAUAAUAGACAUUAAUUAGUGCCACUGAUCUGGAAAUAAUCUAUUCAGUGUCCCGUAACACAAAGGUGAGCGAUUGAUCGUACGCUCGAUUUUCACGAUUGAUUGUACAUUGUAGUCAAUGGAAUCAAUCGUAGAAAAAUGUUCUACGAUCAUUGCUAAGUUUUGUGUUACGGGACCCAGAAGUGCAUUGGUAUUGUUAUCCUGGCUUUAGCUUGAGCUGCCUUCCAGCGCUCAUUGCAUUCAAGGAACCUUGUAACCAUUCACCUCACCUGGGUUGAGUGCAGCAUAAUGUGGGUAUAUUUUCUGCUUAGGGAAAACUCGCUAUGGCUGGGAUUCGAACGUAUGUUCCUCUGAUUAAAAGACAAGAGUUGUAACCACAAGACCAUGAUGCAGCUAAUACCAUUCGUCAACUGAAAAAAAAUUUGGGUGACUUGGCUGUGUAUGGCCUCAAUAAUUUGAAUGGUGGACUUGAACAACAUUUGCUAGGCUUCUAGCUAGUCAGGAAGAUUAAAGGUUUUCUUUGGCCAAUGAGAUUUCUGGAUUUCUGUGUGUGGGAGAGUGGGGUAUACAUGUACAUGCUUUACAACACAGAAGAGUGUGUAUACAUUCAGUCUCGCCCACUGUUCAGCUGUGAGAACAUCCAUCACAUGGCAGUAUAUUGAUUGAAUAAUAGUUUAUUCAAUACCAUUCACAAUAGUUACUGCAUUAUAAUAUAUAUAAUUUUACUUGGAAAUGAGAUAUAGAGAUAUAUUUUGUACAGUAUUUUAAAGUAUAAUUUUUUUCAUAUAGUGUUAUAUUUUCUUAAAUUCUUAAUUUGGAAUAUGAAUAUCAAUGCAAUCAAGUGUGCAUGCUGCACCUAUGCAUAUAUGUGGAUUAUAAUUUAGAUCAAUAUUGUAAAUAAAAAUAAGAUUAUAAUAUAUUUUAUUAAAAAUUUUACAUCUUAUGAGAUUGUUUGUAAAUGUUUGUAUUAUUUUCUUCAAUAGGUUAGCAUAAGGUCUAAAAAAAUGUUAUGUUGCCCUCAUCCGACAGAGUGUGUAAAAUGCAAAAAUAAAACAGGGUCGCUAUUUUUUUUUAGCAGACACAAAAUAUACAAUGCAAUAUUUUUGUGAGAAAAUGUCAGAUUUGGGCGAAGAAGUUGCCCAAAUUUGUAUUCAAUGGCUUAAAAAGGCAUGUUCCUAUGUGUUUUGACAUGUUUUACUGCAUAACUUAAUUAUCCCAUAAAUGAUUGUCUUUGUGCAGCGCAGCAGCGAAAAAAGAAGAAGAAGAAAAAAAAAAAUCUACUGACCCAACUUUCAAAUUUUGGGCUUAUGAGGGCAAAAUAGCAAUUUUUUAAAGACCCUAUCGGUGUUGCUACAGAAGUUUUUGCAGGGAGUCCAGAGUAUUUUUCAGUGUGUAUGGUAUAUUGUUCAGUCUUGCAUUAUUAUUAUCUGUCUAUUACAUGAGGCUCUAGUUCUAUUUAUAUUAAUAUUGCGAGACUGCCAGAGGCGUUCCUCUUGUGUUAUUUAUAUACCUCAUUUUUAAAAUUUCCUUUUUAUGUUCCCAUAAUUACAUUAUUUUGUGUUUAGGGGAUUUUGAUAAAAUGGAAUAUUGUCUGUUUCAUGUAAUGAUAUAUGUCUAAUGAAAACUCUUUAUAAAGAGUUCAGAUUUACUGACAGAAAAAAAAAAAAACCACUAAUUCUUGAUUGUAAUAAGAGUGCUGAUGUAACAGGUUUCCUAAAGAAGAAUGUAUCCUCUAUUUACAAUGCCAUGAAAAUCUUUAUACAUUCCAGAUUUUUCACCAAAUCAUAUUUAUGUGUGCAAUAUAUACCUCCUCAUUUGCAAUGUAAAGUGGUUUGUCUCUUAUGCAUUCAUUAAUAAUCAAUGUGUUAUACAGGAUAUCUUCCCAAAAAUUUCAGUCAGUUUUUUUCCUGUCACUUUGCAAAUCAGGGAAAUUUGAUAUCAUUUGUUUUCAAAUUUGAAAAGACGUCAUCUUUUUUGUAAUCGUUUUUUACCAUUUUGUUUUCCAAUAUUUUGGUCCAUGGUAAUACUAAUUGUAAAUUUCUAUUAUUUGCUCUGAAUUAUUAUUAUGCACAAAUAUGCAAGUUAAUUUGUCAUUGAAAAUGUGUUUUCUUCUGUAAAGGUCUGAAAUUAAAAGGUCUGAAUGACUGGUUCCGUGACAUUCACUCUGGCGACAAUUGCUCUGCUGUAAAUUCCACACACUAAUGGAAUGACCAAUUUCAAGCCUGGAUUUAACACUAUAGCCUAAUCCUGUAUCCCAAACCAAACCUUGUUAAACUCAACAUAAAACCCUAUUGCAAAUCUAACCCUAACCCUCUAUCUUUAUAGACAACUGCCUCUAGCAGUUGUUUGCCAGAGCAAAUGUCAUUUCACUGAAUGACCAAUGCCCAAGUGAUAGAAGGUUAAAAAAAUCCAUACAGAAAGAGGUCUGAUAGACUGCAUGGCCUGUAUGCUGAAAUCCUAUUUAACUUCGGCUAUGGUCUAAUUGUGUUCCAAAAUUAUGGGAAGCCAAGAGGGUCAACAAUUUUUUUACAGUGUAUGUUUCUUAGGUCUCUUGAGCUCUUUCCCCAUGUGAAGAAACAUAGUUAUAAUGAAUGGCUCGAGUGUCAAAUAAGGUGAUAAAUUAAACUUACCUUGUGGUAAGAGAUUAGUGUCAAAAUUGGCUAUCCAUAUCCAUAGAUAGACCAAAACUGUAGACUAGAGUUUAAAUUAAACUCUAGUUCAGAAUAUCGGCCUAGUGAGAGUAUUUCAGAGUCCUAUAAACUUUUUUUUGUAAUCAAAUAUAGGUUAUUAAAACCAUCCUUAC